CAGCUUCAGAGAAAAAAAAAACAGACAGAAAAGUCGACAACAGGCUGUGUUUUCUGACCCGGACCACAGGCUGAAUGCGGACUUGACCGGACCUGAUGGGAAGUGUGCGUCUUGGACCAGUUUGCUGAUCCGUGGUCUGGGUUUGUUGUUGGACUGGUCUGGUCUGUCAUAUGAGUGUCGGCUCAGGGGUGUUUAUGGCCUCUCAGGUUCAAAGCACCAGGAACUUACAGGAAGCUGAGGACCUGGCCCGGUUCCUGGGUGAAGCUCUCAGCAGUGGAGAUGGACAGGAGGCAUCCAGUUUGGCCCAGAAGCUGUCCCAGAUGUCUGUCCCAGUGUCUGUCACCAUCAGUACCCAGGCCUACCCUCAAGACCUCAUAAGGUUGAAAGUUGGAGUGGAGGAUGCUCAGUCUGAAGACUGUAUCCCAGUGACUGUGGUGGUUUCUCCUCACAUGACAAUUGCACAGCUCAAAGACAAGAUAAGUCAAGACUUUGGGUUCCACCCAUCUCUGCAGCGUUGGGUCAUCAGUAAACGCCUGCCUCGGGACCAGGACUCGCUGUUCAGCCACGGUGUUCGUCAGAAUGGAGACCAGGCUUACCUCUUUAUCCUUUCAGCACACACUGCUCAGCUCACAAAGCAUCAGCACAAGCUCGACCAGGAGCAGACACUCUUAGAGGGUAUCAUGGAGUCUAUGGAGUCCAUGCAACUUUUCCCCAGAGGACUAGGUGGAGGUGAAAAGGCAGCAGCUCUAGACGCUGCUCAACAGGCUCCUCCUCCUACAAUUCCAAAGAAGACUAAACCCACUGUGCCUCCAAAACCUCAGAUGGGCUGGGCCUGCCCUUUGUGUACAUAUGUGAACAAACCAACGCGUCCUGGAUGUGAGAUAUGUGGCGCCGAAAGGCCAGAGGAUUAUGAGGUGCCUCCCAUCUAUAAACCAGACCAAAAGGAGAUCGAAAGAAUGCAUCAGGAGCAGCUGGCCAUCCUGCAGUAUGAGCAGGCUCAGCAAGAAGAAAGAGAAAGAAACUACCUCUACCUUUUGGAAACUGAUAAUCAGGACCUUAUCCCGAAUACCAACGAGGCGGAAUGUCCAAUCUGCCUUACUCCUGUAGGGCCGGGGGAAGGCGUUGUCCUCAGAGAGUGUCUACACACAUUUUGCAGGGAUUGUCUGCAAGGGACAAUAGUGAACAGCCAUGACGCUGAGGUUUCCUGUCCUGACACGUGUGACAGCAAACUAUUAGACAGAGAAAUCAAAGCGCUUCUCACAGAAGAGGAACACCAGCGUUUUCUGGAGUUGCGUCUGAGCAUUGCAGAGAGCCGCUCUGAGCACAGCUUCCACUGUCAGACUCCCAACUGUCGCGGGUGGUGCAUCUACGAAGACGAAGUCAACGAGUUCCACUGUGAACUUUGUAAUGAAGUCAACUGCAUUCUCUGCAGGGCCAUUCAUCAGGGCAUGACUUGUAAGGACUACCAGGAUGACCUGCGUAUCCGAGCAGAAAACGACCAGGCCGCUCAGCAAACAAAGCAGAUGCUAGAUAGUUUGCUACAGAACGGGGAGGCCAUGAAGUGUCCCAGGUGUGACAUCAUUGUCCAGAAAAAAGACGGCUGUGACUGGAUUUGCUGUUUGAUGUGCAAGACAGAAAUCUGCUGGGUCACCAAACAGGCCCGCUGGGGGCCAAAUGGCAGCGGUGACACAUCAGGUGGCUGUAGAUGCCGAGUUAACAAUCGUCCCUGCCAUCCCAACUGUCGGAACUGUCACUGAGGCAGACACGCAGAUGAACAUGCACUCACAGCUUCCAGUGCACACAGUCAAAGAAUGUAGACCAGGUUCAUUUGAUGCUGCAGCCUACCUUUAUAUGUUAUUUUGAUUUAUUUUUCUUACCAUAAGUCUUGUGCCAGUGGUGUGAUGGGACGCUGCAGUGGGCGGAAGGGAAUUCUAUGCAAAAGCUUUACCUUCAAUUCUACAUCUGCAGCAUAGGGUUAGGAAAA